AUCAUUUUUUUACCUAUAGAGAGUGGCAGGUGUAAGGUCAUGAACCUUAUUCAAUGUACUCAUUCUAUUCUUAUGUUCAAUGAAAGGUCGAACAGCAAUUUAUUAGCUAUUAGCAAAACAAAGUAAUUUUGCUCAUAUUAAGUGCAACAACUGAAAAUAAAAACAAACCAUGAAAUUUUGAUAGUUUAUAAUUUAAAUGUUUAUGUAGUUCCUAGAAUAAUAUGGAUAUGGAGCAAACCAUAAAAACAGAAAUGUUGGUGGACAAAAACAGAAAUAGUUCUAAUAACAUGUGUUUAACUGUUGAACUUUGUGUUGUUUGUGGUGACCGAGCUUCUGGUAGGCAUUAUGGAGCUAUUUCUUGCGAGGGAUGCAAAGGCUUCUUCAAGAGGUCAAUCCGUAAGCAAUUAGGAUAUCAGUGCAGAGGCAGUCAAAACUGUGAGGUUACCAAACAUCAUAGGAAUAGAUGUCAAUAUUGUAGGCUUCAGAAAUGUCUCGCUUGUGGAAUGAGAAGUGAUUCUGUACAACAUGAAAGAAAACCUAUUAUUGAUAAAAAAGAAUUCUUAAAUAAUUCUGAGAUUAAGUUUAACCAAAAUGCUGUAAAUGCUGUAAAUAAAAUUUUUAUUAGAAAAGAUUUGAACUCGGAGUAUGGCCUUCUUCCUCCGUUCUGUCCUAGUGAUUUGGGAUUGCAAUUUUUAAAUAAAAGAAUUGCUAAUAGUACUACAGCUUCAGAAUCUUUUCACCUAUCUCCAAGUCAAGCCAGUGUUGAGGAUGAUGUUUCAAUGGAUAGUAUUAAUGCUAGUACUGAACUUAGUGAUGCCCUAUCUAGUGCAAGAGACAAACAACUUAUUUCAAAAGCUUUAGAUACUAUGGCUAGAGUACAGUGCUUAAAUGGGACAGAUUUAAAUACAUUAACGAGUGAAGAGAAGUGUUUUGAUUAUGAUGGACCUAUUCUCCAAGAGCAAAAUAUGUCUUUCAAUUUGUUGAUACCAGGACCUGUGCCACCUUAUUUAAAUAUCCACUAUAUUUGUGAAAGUGGUUCUAGAUUAUUAUUUUUAUCAGUAUAUUGGGCUAAAAAUAUUUCAGCAUUUCAGCAUUUAAGUUCCGAAACGCAGAUUUGUCUUCUAAAAAAUUGCUGGUCAGAACUGUUCACUCUAGGAUUGGCUCAAUGUUCACAAUCACUAUCAUUAUCAACAAUUCUCUCAGCUCUAAUAAGCCACUUACAUGCAUCCAUAGCUCAGGAUAAAAUGACUGCUACAAAAGUGAAACAGGUCACAGAUCAUAUAGUGAAACUUCAAGAUUUUGUUACUACAAUGAAUAGGCUUCAUGUAAAUGAGCAGGAAUAUGCCUAUUUAAAAGCUAUAACUUUAUUUUCUGCCGACCAGCCAGAUAUAUUAUUAAGGAAACCUAUUGAAAAGUUGCAAGAAAAAUCAUUCCAGGGAUUAAGAACUUAUUUAACUAUCAAUUUUCCUGAUGAUAAUGACAGAUUUCCACGGUUACUACUAUGUUUACCACCCUUAAGAGCAAUUGAAUCGAGUAUCUUGGAAGAAUUAUUCUUUGCUGGCUUAAUCGGACAGGUUCAAAUUGAUAAUGUUGUACCAUAUAUUUUGAAAAUGGGAAACACUACAUCUUCCUCGAGUAAUAAUAGACAAGUAAAAAUGGAGCAUCAUCUAGAUGAUUUUUUUUGUAAAUAAGUGCAAAUUUAAUCCUUUGAUGGAAUUCUAAGUAGUUUGUAUAACCACAAUAUUUCCUUUAACUAAAUGCAUUGACGUCGAUAAUGUGUAAUGAGGGAUAUAGGCAUAUUUUAACUGUAUGAUUUUAUUUGUGUCUGCAGGGUAAUUUCCCUUUUUAUUCCGCCAUAUCUACGUCAUUGUUCAAUUUUGAUAAUAUUUAUUUGGGAAGAACUCUUUAACGAAUGUAAAUUAAAUUUUCAUUGAAGAUAUGGUGAUUUAACUUCUACUUAUAUGUGUUUUUGUACUUAUAUUAUUUUGACAAGUAUGUUUUUAUAAUCUUUUGAUAUCAACAGGUAGUCUUGUAACAUAAAAGAUAACUGAAGAAAUAUUUGAACUUUUUAAAAAUUGAAUAAAUUUUGUUAUAUAUUAAAUCAUGGCAAAUUUAUAUCAUGCAGCAUUCAAGUUUGCUAUUUGAAUAAAAUACAAAGUUUUAUAUUCAGAAUGAGAAAACUGGUAUUACUCGGUCUCUAGAGUAGGUAGAAAACUGAAAAAUAAUUGGGGUUUGCUUAGUAAAACAUUUUCGUAACACCAUGGCAACAUGGAAAUGAAAUUUUUUACGAAAAUAUUUUUAAAGCUGAUAUGCAUUCCAUGCAUUUUCUUUAUAUCUUACUCGUAGAGAGCGCUAGAUAGAUGGCUCGUACCAAGUUUUAUUAAAUAUCACUUUUUUAACGUUAGAUUUAUUAAUCAAAUUUUCAAGUGAACUGGAAGAUCAUUCAAUUCCAUACCAAAGAGGUAUUUUUGCUAAAAACGAUACUAGGCACUAUUUUCGAAAUUUUUUUAUUUCAAAAUAAUGAAGUAAUAAUUGAUGCCGCUAUAAAGUAAGUGAGUAAAGUAUAAAGUUAAGAAUUAAACAAAAAAUUACAAGAAUAUUGAAAUUUAGACUAAGAACAUAAAAUAAAAUUUAUUCAAAGUAAGUGUUUUCACGAACUUUCAACAUGGUGCUAUUUUUUUUCUGAAUUUGGACAUUUCUAGCAGUCGUAUUCCUUUCCAUCCUUUUAUUUCUAGAUUGCAAAUGGAUUUCUCCUCAAAAUAAAUAGUCUCAUUCAAAAUACUGGCGUCUUAUACUUUUUCUCACGUUAAAUAAAACAUUUAGCAGCUUUUUCCAACAAUUUUUUUAUGUGGUGCUCACGGUGAAUACGAGCAAAACUCACAUGAGCCGAUAGGAAGAAAAUACCAGAAAUCCGUGUGAAAUAUUAAGUAUUUAUAUAAGUGUAUGUUAUUAAUUACAUAUUAAUGACAGGCUGAUAGCAAAGUGUGUUUUCACGUGCUUUAACAUUCAAAGCUUUCUUGUAUACACAAAUCUACCUAAAUCAUUCGACGCUUUUUCAUUAAUGAAAAAGGUUUAUUAAUUUUUAAAUUUGACUGUCUUCUCGGAAAUGAGUAAACUUAUAUUGAUUCAACAAAAUUUGGACCAUGAGAACAUGCCUUUAUUAAUAUUUCCAAUGAAUAAUAAUAAAUAUUGGUUGAUAUAGCAAAUUUCUUCAAUUUUAUAUCUAAUUAUCAAAAGUAAUGUAGGUUUAAAACUUUUGCCAAAGAAUGACAUAUUUUUUAUCCAUUUAUUGAUCUUAAUGGGAUGUUGAAAAUAUCAGAAGAGUAAUUUUCAAAUUUAUUGUGUAAUAUUUUUAUUGUAUAUAUGUAAAAAUGAACGAGAGUUGAAUCGCGCUGGGAGUUGGGUUUCAACAUUCAACUCAAGCCAUAAUCAACAGAAUCGGGGAAGGGUUAGGUUGAUUAUUUGCUCGUUAUACUGGGAAAUGAUCUGAUUCCAAGUCUGCCUUCUUCGCAAAAAGUCAUGUUCGAAAAGGAUUCCGCGGGCAGAAUUAUCAACAAAAGAACUAGGUUUACGGGUUGAACCGCGAGUGAAUUUUGAAAAUUCUCGACGUUUCGGCUCCGAUUUUGAAGCCAUUAUCAAGAGAGAGAUGGGGUUAGGUAGUUAUUCGUUUAUUGGAUUCAAUCAAAGAGGGUGAUUUGUAAUUUAGUCUAGACAAAUUUCCAGCACGGUACAACUCGUGAAAGUUCAUUUAUGGAAGCGAAAUUCUGAAAAGAGUGAAAAAGUGUUCAACUGAAACUAAUUUUUAAAGUUAAAUUCACAUAAAUGUAUAGGUCACUGGCUUAAGAACAUUUAAUAUAAAUUAUUAAGUUAUGCCCAUUUUUAUAAAUAUAUCAUCAUAAGCUGCCAAGAUGAAACUUGGUGAGGUUUCUGAAAGUAUUUAAGAACGGUCUUGAUUAUAUCAUAAAGCAGAGUUGAUCUACUGACAAUAAUAAUAUGGUGUUCACAUUUUUUAUAGUAACACUAUAAAAUUAAUAAGCUUGUUUAAAAUAUCCAAUGAUGUAAAUUAAAAUAAUGUCUAGUCUAUUUUAAUAUUUUUUUGUUGCUGUAGCUUGUGCUAAAUUUCGAAUAGCUUCUCUAUGUGAAUCUUUUUCCUUUUGGUUUUUGUAGUUGUAGUUGAAAUAUUGGAAUGAAGUAUUAUUUAAGUUCAAUUUCUUCCUAGAAUUUUUAAUAUAUUUACUAAGAUAUUUAUUUAAUGCCAAAUUUUUACUAAGAUUUAAUGCGGCUGACUAAGUAAAGUGACUAAUGUUUGAAAAUCCAGCAAGUUGAAGGAUAAAAAUUAUUAAAAAUUAUCUUAUUGCAUAAACAAGUUAGUUUAUGAUUGACAUAUUCAGUUCGGGGUAUCAGUAUUAUAAAAUACUUGAGCAAAACACAAUGAAACAGCGACCAAUAUUGUAAUAAAGUGAGCAAUUCAUUUUGGACACCUAUUGUAGGUGUCAAGUCGAUAAGUCUUUAAUUCCUUGUAAAAUUUUAGUUUAUGCUUAUUUAUAUGCCUAUGAUAUUUUUCCAACCAAGUGUCUUCUUUAAUAGUAUUCAAGAUUGAAUUCGUUUUCUCAAAAAUGUUUCGUUAGAUUUGUCCAAAUCUACUUCAGCGUAACCCCCAUCAACUCCUUAGAACUUAAAGGCGCAGCGGAGUUCCAUCUUAGAAGAAUAAUCUAGUAGCUGGAGAAAGAAGUGCAAUUGCAGCAUAUUGAGCUGCAAUAUAUUACUCAUAGAAUGUAAAUUUUUGCGUGUUUGGAAAAAAGAACAGAGACAUUCAGUUCUCAAGAAUCCCUUUCGAGUUGCUUAUUAUCUUCGUGCUAUUACAAGCGAUUUAUAGUCAUUGCAUAUAAUAAUUUUCCAAUCUCAUAAUAAUACCUAAAACUUUCUUCCAGUUAUUCGAUUACUAUAUAUAUAAUGUCCCCAAAAGAAUUAAAUUAUAUUCAAUUGUGUAUUUUUAAAAAUGACUAUUUCAAAUUCCUGUGCAAAUCAAGUUGUCUUGAGGAAUAUUGUGUUAGAUUUUUUAGUAGAUAUUUUUAAUGUUGGCACAAACAUUAGUAAUUAUAUUAAAAAUAUGUAUGUUAAAGAUUAAGUGUAUUUCGGAAUUUUUUUGUUCACUAAUUAUUUUACGAAUUAGGCAUUAAGUCCUCCAGCAAUGCAACUUGUGAAAUUGAGUUGUUUCGGCACCUUGUCAUAAUGAAAUCAAUCGAACAAACAUGGUCAAUCACAUUAAGUAAUUGGAUGUCAUCUGCAAACCAAGGGGAUAUGGGAACGUUUACAAAUUAUGUAAGGUAUUUUUUUGGAAUAUUGGAUGUGCCCUACCUCCAUUUAAGGAAAUGUCAGGUUUGAAGAUAUCCACCCCCCUCUCUUACGUAAGAAAUAUGGUUGAAAAUAUUUAUAUAUUUAAGAGUUCAAAUCACAGUAAACAAUUCUUAUAUAAUGACACUACUUGGAAAUGAAAUAAUUAAUUAUACUUGCAUACAUCAUAGCUAUUAUAAAUUAUUUCAUUAUCUUUAAUCUAAAGAACACCUUUUAAAAAUUACUUCCACAUCUUCGCUAUCGAUCCAUUCACAAUCAAUAUCUUUUUCAUUAUUUGAAUUCUCAAUAACAUACAUUUUAUCAUUUUUUCUUGAUUUUAAGAUAGCAUUGGAUGCAAUUUUUUUAUGCUUUGGUUCUAUGGCCCAACAUGUGCGCAAUUGCUUCUUUCUUCGAUGCAAAAUACAUUCCACAAGUAAUACAAACUCUGUUCUUCAAUUGAUCUCUUACUGAUGAUGAACAGUAAUAAUCAUAUGGCAUCAUCUUUAAGGUUGAUAAUCAAUUGACAAAUUUAGAGACAUUUUUGGAACAAACCUCACGUAAGGUCAAGUGAAUCUCACCCUCAAUGAGUAUUCAACUCCACCCACCACUCAACGAGCCUUACGUAAUUUGUAAACGUACCCUAUAUCUAAAGUAACUCUGCACACCUGUAAGAUUUUCCGGGAUGUGAUUUAUAUAAAAUAGAGUUAUUUUCCUUGAAAUACUUUUCUUCACUAAAUAAACCAUCUAAUGUGUUUGUUCUAUAACAGAAAAUAAAUAGUAAUUCAAUAAAACCUCAAGCCUAUAAAAUAAGUCUCUAGAAAUUCUAUAUACGUAACAAACAAAAAAUUACAUAUUUAUUAUCUCUGGUCCGGCAUUGCAUUAGUACUAGUAGUUCCUUUGACUUUUUCUAAAGAUAAGCUAAUUUAUGAUAAGCCGUUUUUUUCAAACAAUUACUGAAUACCAUGUUUGUAAUUAUUUACAUAUUGUUGCAACGUUGGUUAAAUAAUAAUGAUAUAUUUUAGUGCAAUGCACAUUUUCACUAUGUGAUAAUCGCAAAAGGUGACGUGCCUUUGGAUUUAAUAUAUUUAGACAAUAUUGUAUAUACUCUGACAACAGUGUAAAUGUAUUUUGGAAUUGCAAUACAUAUUUUUUACUUAUA